CCUCUUCUCAGACUUUAGAGAUGGAAAAAACCUUAUUUUGCUAUUAGAACAGUUAAGUGGAGAAAAGCUGGUGAGGGAAAAAGGGAACAGCGAAAUCCAUAUUAUUAAUAAUAUCACUACCGCAUUGGUUUUCCUUGCUUCUAAAAAUGUAAAACUGUAUAAUAUUGAACCCAUUCAAAUAAUGAAAGGCAACAAAAAACUUACCUUAGGACUUAUUUGGUCAAUUAUAUUACGUUUUCAAAUGGAAACUAUUAUGAAUUCAACUGCAGACAAAAAUGUUAAGAAAGCUAUCUUGGAACUUGUUAAUUCAUACGUUUUAGAAUAUAUUCCUGAUCCUGUUAAAAACCUGACUUCUUCGUGGUACGAUGGAACACUUUUAGCAUAUUUGAUUUAUCAUCAAAACAAGUCGGAAAUAAAUAUUUCUAACCUUUUAUCAAAAACUCCACAAGAAAGAAUACAAUUUGUUUUUGAUUUUGCUUCUAAAAAUUAUCAAGUCGAUUACCUUUUAGAAGCUGAGGAUUUGGCUUCUUCAAAAGCUGAUGAACAAUCGAUUAUGACAUACUUGUCUUCAUUAUGUGCUUCAUUGGAAUCUUAUAAGAAAAAACAAGUAAAAAUUGAUUAA